AUCCAAACAUAAUUGCUAUGGGUUUUCCUGCGGAGAGGCUUGAAGGAGUAUACAGGAACAACAUUGAUGAUGUAGUAAGGUUUUUGGAUUCAAAGCAUAAAAACCAUUACAAGAUAUACAAUCUAUGUGCUGAAAGACAUUAUGACACCGCCAAAUUUAACUGCAGAGUUGCACAGUACCCUUUUGAAGACCAUAACCCACCACAGCUAGAGCUUAUCAAACCUUUUUGUGAAGAUCUUGACCAAUGGCUAAGUGAAGAUGACAAUCAUGUUGCAGCAAUCCACUGUAAAGCUGGAAAGGGACGAACUGGUGUAAUGAUAUGUGCAUAUUUGUUGCAUCGAGGCAAGUUUUUAAAGGCUCAAGAAGCCCUGGAUUUCUAUGGGGAAGUAAGGACCAGAGACAAGAAGGGAGUGACAAUUCCCAGCCAGAGACGCUACGUGUACUACUAUAGCUACCUGCUAAAGAAUCACCUGGAUUACAGACCGGUGGCACUGCUGUUCCACAAGAUGAUGUUUGAAACAAUUCCCAUGUUCAGCGGCGGAACUUGCAAUCCUCAGUUUGUGGUGUACCAGCUAAAAGUCAAGAUAUUCACCUCCCCUUCAGGACCCUCAAGACGUGAAGACAAGUAUAUGUACUUUGAAUUCCCUCAGCCUUUGCCAGUAUGUGGUGAUAUCAAAGUGGAAUUUUUCCACAAACAGAACAAGAUGUUGAAAAAGGACAAAAUGUUUCACUUUUGGGUAAAUACAUUCUUCAUAGGACUGGAUGAAAAUUCAGACAAAGUAGAAAAUGGAAGUCUAGUUGCAGAUCAGGAACUUGAUGGUAUUUUCAGUACAGAGCGCUCAGAUAAUGAUAAGGAAUAUUUAAUCCUUACGUUAACAAAAAACGAUCUAGACAAAGCAAAUAAAGACAAAGCCAACAGAUAUUUCUCUCCAAACUUCAAGGUGAAGCUAUUUUUCACAAAAACUGUAGAAGAACCAUCAAAUCCAGAGGCUAGCAGUUCAACUUCUGUAACACCUGAUGUUAGUGACAAUGAACCUGAUCAUUAUAGAUAUUCUGACACCACUGACUCUGAUCCAGAGAAUGAACCUUUUGAUGAAGAUCAACAUACACAGAUUACAAAAGUCUGAAUAUUUUUUUUAUCCGAGAUAAAAAAAAA